AGCAGCCAUCAUAGCCCAUUUGCUCACAUUUGCUCAGUGGUGCGACAAGGACGAGGACUGAGUCUGGGUGACUUGGGGACAGGAUUUCAAUUCGCCCCGCAGGCCCCAGGAGCAACGGACUGAACUGGACCCGCCACUGUGCAAAGCUAAUACACAACCAUGGGAGAUUGGAGCUUCUUGGGUAAUAUUUUGGAGGAAGUAAACGAACACUCCACUGUGAUUGGACGCGUUUGGCUCACAGUUCUGUUCAUUUUUCGCAUUUUAAUUCUGGGCACAGCAGCAGAGUUUGUCUGGGGAGACGAGCAGUCCGAUUACGUAUGUAACACUCAGCAGCCAGGUUGCGAGAACGUAUGUUACGAUGAGGCCUUCCCAAUCUCCCAUAUCCGUCUAUGGGUGUUACAAAUAAUUUUUGUAUCCACACCUUCGCUUGUAUACGUUGGGCAUGCUGUCCAUUACAUCCACAUGGAGGAAAAGCGAAAGGAGCAUGAAGAAGCCGAGGUUAGCCACCAACAGGAAAUGGGCGAGGAGCAUCUUCCACUAGCGACAGAUCAGGGAAGUGUUCGGACCACCAAGGAGACCAGCACGAAGGGUAGCAAAAAGUUCAGACUCGAGGGCACUCUGCUUUUCACCUACAUAUGCCAUAUCAUCUUCAAAGCUCUUUUUGAAGUAGCCUUCGUAGUUGGACAGUACUUCCUCUAUGGGUUCCGCAUCCUGCCGCUGAACAAGUGCAGUCGUUGGCCGUGCCCCAACACGGUGGACUGCUAUGUCUCCCGGCCCACCGAAAAGACCAUCUUUAUCAUUUUUAUGCUUGCAGUUGCUUGCGUUUCACUGUUCCUCAACUUUGUGGAGAUCAGCCACCUCGCCUUGAAGAAGAUCCGCUUUGUGUUCCACCGACCAGCUCCGGCACAAUUGGAGCCUCUUGGACCACCUGACAGUAGCUUACCAUUUCCCCUGACCACCCCUGUCCAAAAAGCCAAAGGUUAUAGGCGCCUUGAAGAGGAGAAGAAAUACGAGGUGGCACACAUAUAUCCACUAGCUGAGGUCGGUAUGGAAGAGGGCCAGUUCUUCUCACCUCAGCUGGAGAAGGAGCAGAAAAGGAGUCAAGAGUCGGUUAUGCCAACAACGCCACCUGUAGAGGAAACAAUCAUAUGCAAUGAGACUCAACCCUCCUUCAUUCAGGUUAAAGAGACACUACCAGAGCUUCCCUCAGAGGAACCACUUCGGGAAGGUGAUGAGGUAGACAGCUUAAAGACUCCGACAGCUUUACCAGAAGUACUGGAGGAGCGAUCAGAAGGGGAAAGUGUGGAGGAAACGUAUUUAAUAUCACUUAAGGAGAGUUUGGAUAUAAAUCUAGGAGAAAUGACCUGUAGAGAGGUGAUUGAGGAAAAGUCAGUGAAAGAGAGUAGCUUAAUAGAUGCUGAGCCAAAACAAGAGGAAAAACUUUCAGGAACUGGAAAAGAGAAGGAAACCUCACAGGAAAUUGGGGAAAAAGAGCAUAACACCUUUAAGGUCAAGGAGUUGAGGGAAGAAGGGAGUUUACCAGAUGUGGUUGAGGAAGAGACAGCAGCUGAGGUGUCUGAGAGGGAACUUGGUGAAAUUGAGCCUUUUGUAAAUGAGGCCAUUUUGGAAAAGGUGAAAACUUUAGAUGAUGGUAAGAUUAAUGGAGAUCUGGACGUGUCUAAAAUAUUUGAGGGGGAGCGAGAGUCUGAGGCUUUAGGGGAGGUUGCAGGGUCAAUUUUAUCUGACAUAGUGCCCACUGGGGAUGAAGUGGAUAUAGGAAAGGACAAAGCUAAGGGGGGUGUAGAAGAUAUGAAAGGGGAUGGAGUUCAAUGGGAUGUAGUAGACUCAGAAGUGGGCAGAGCUUUAGAGGAAGUAGUAGAUAUAGGAAAGGGCGAAUCUGUAGAGGGUCUAGUGGAUGCAGGAAGAAGUUGUGCUUUAGAAGAUGUAUUACAUACAGGUAAGGAUGAAGCUUUAGAAAAUCUAAAUGAAGAUAGACCUUUUGAGACUGCAGUCAAUAAAGGUGAGGAGGCUCUAGAUAAAUCUGUAGGACUUGCUGUUGACACUGAACAGGUGGAAAAUUUGGGAAAGGAGGAGGUAUCCUUGGAGAUAGGAGAUCCAGAGGAGGUCCAAGUCUCUGGGGAGUGGGAUGGGUCAGGGAAAGAAGAGGAUUCUGUGGAAACUGGAGGCCCUGAGAAGGAGGAGUGUUCUGAAGAAUCAAAGGUCUUGGAGGCCAUAGAGGAGAUGAUGGAUGUUCCACUUGUAGCUCUGGAACUAGAGACGACAGAGGAAACAAGAUCAUUAAGUCGUCUCAGCAAAGGGAGCAGCAGACCCAGGUCAGAUGAUCUAACUAUAUGACUGACCAACAAACAGAAACUUAACCAAAGAUCAAAGUGUCAAUUCUUUGAUCUCAAAUUUCCCAAAUCAGCUUACAAGCAUGUUUUCUUAAACAGGUUUUUAAAAUGUUGAUGCCAAAUGAUGCUCCCCUUAUAAGGAGCUCCCUUACUGAAGUAUAA